AUGGCUGCGUUCUUCAUUGUGGCUCUCGUUGCCAUGGCAUCUUCUUCACUGGCUUUUGACAUGGGUCAGUCCACUCGUUGUGUCGCCAUCCCCAACCAGAUGAGGGUCUGCAAAGAUGUUGGAUACUCCGAGAUGCGGUUGCCCAACUUCCUGGGCCACAGUAACUUGGAAGGCGAGGUGGUGCCACGUUCGGAGGACUGGAGGCCCCUUUUGCAGACCGGCUGCCACCCUCAAGCCCAGGCCUUCCUCUGCUCCAUCAUCGCCCCCGUCUGUCUCGACGCUUUUAUCCAGCCCUGCCGCAGCCUGUGUGUGGCAGUGAGAGACAGCUGUGCUCCGGUGUUAACGUGCCAGGGACACCCGUGGCCCGAGGCUCUCGACUGCGACCGCUUCCCUGCCGAGGAAGACGUGUGUCUUACUCCUCAUGCAAAAUUCAGCAACUUUGCCAAAGGAUUGCCCAAACCUGCUUGCCAAAACUGUCCUUCUGUAGAAGAGUCUCCUGCAGGGAAGACAGUCCUGGGUGCAUUUUGCCACAACGACUUCGCUGUCACCGCCAAACUUCAUCGUCUUCGCCAUCCGACGGGGGAGUCUGAAUUUCAGGUGGACGGCAGGGUCGAGUUUAUCCGCCAGGGACCGCUGUUGCCUUACGACACAAAGCAUUUACUCCAGCAGUGGCUCCUCAUCAACCUCCGAUGUGCCGGUGCCCUGGUGCGUCCGGGCCGGUCCCAGCUUUACGUGCUGACUGGCUCCGUGCAGCCGGACGGCACAGUCGCUCUGACGCGUCUCUUUCCCUGGCACAAGAAGGACGCGGGCAUCGCGCAGGCCACUCGCAAGUGGAAGCAUCACAGAUGUUAA